ACGGUUCUACUUAACUUCCGACCGAUUUUACCCUCUUUGCCUGUACUGGGCGGGGCUAAUACCGGAAAGGGCGGUCUCCAGGUGUGAAUAUUGGUCGAGAUUCCCUGGCGGGCAGGGGGCAUGGUGUCCCGGAGGUGACGCGGCGCCUGUCAGCAUGGCGAGCUCGUUGAUCGCAGCCGGCCUCACCAUCGCGGUAGCAGGAUUUGCAGGACGUUACGCCUUACAGGCCUUCAAACACCUGGAGCCGCAGGUCAAGAAGGCGAUCCAGACCCUGCCGCAGUCGGCAUUUGCCGGUUACUACAAAGGAGGAUUCGAACCUAAAAUGACCAAAAGGGAAGCUGCGCUGGUCCUGGGAGUAAGCCCCACAGCAAAUAAAAUGAAGAUCAGAGAAGCUCAUCGGCGGAUAAUGCUGCUCAAUCACCCGGACAAAGGAGGAUCUCCUUAUAUCGCCGCCAAAAUCAACGAAGCAAAGGAUUUGCUGGAUGGUCAAAUGAAGAAAUAGAACGCGAGCGACCGAUCCGACUCUGGACUAUAUAAUUUUACCUCCCAAAAAUAUUUUGGGAUUUUUUUGGGACGUGAUUUGUCAAUAAAGCUGAAUGAACGGAAA